GCACUAAAUCACCGGCUAGGUUUUCAUACGCUAGUAAAUUAAAUUUUCACUGCACUUUAAACUGCAGAUUCUAUGAAUCAAAUGGCCUAUCAUUAUGCCCGUAUCAAUAUCGUUACAAAGACCAGGUCUCGUGGCCCUUAUACUGUUAAGCAGUGCCCUUGUUGCUAGCCAGCUUUUUUCAUCUCUUAGCACCUCACAAGCACUGAUGGGAAUACUAGCUGUAUUUUUUGUGACAGUUUCAUUUCUGUUGAUACGAGUUAAAGAUCAUCAAGUCCACAACAAGGAUGACUCCGAGUCCCGUGCCAGAAUCAAUCAAAUGAGGUCCGACUCCAUCACGGCCAAUACUACCAAACCCGCCUUAAAAUCGGGUCCUUUGAACAUCGUGGUUGUGGGUGCCGGACUCAUAGGCCCAAGACACGCCCAGCAUGUUAAUGAUAAUGACAGCACAAUGUUGUUUGCGAUCAUUGACUUGAAUCCCAGUACAAAAGUGGUGGCUCAGAAUCUCAACACGAAUUACUUCUCCAGCAUCGAAGAAAUGAUAGAAUACUGUACCAUGAAUGGACUAAAACUCCCCGACGGAGCUAUAAUAUGUACACCAAACCAUACACAUGUGCCAGUUGCGGCGAAAUUGGCGUCCUUUGGAAUCAAUUUGUUGGUGGAAAAACCUGUUAGUCCAACGGCAGAAGAAUCCAAAGCAUUGAAAAUAUACUCAAACUUCAAGAAAGUCAAAGUCCUUGUGGGACACCAUAGAAGGUUCAAUCCUUUCAUAAUCGCCACCAAGAAGAAUUUGUACAAAAUUGGUAGCGUUGUAGCAAUUCAAGGGACUUGGGCUUUGAAGAAGCACGAAGAUUACUUCAAAACAUCUCCUUGGAGAACCAACUCGGAAACUGGAGGUGGGACACUCCUCAUAAAUCUUGUUCACGAUCUUGACUUACUACAGUAUUUGUUCGGACCUAUUUACCAGGUGUACGCUGAGUCGUUGCCCAAAAAAAGAGGAUAUGAAAAAGUUGACGAAGGUGCUGCAUUGACUCUAAGAUUUAAGUCUGGUGCCUGCGGAACUUUCAUAUGUUCAGAUAAUGUUCCAUCUCCUUUCAACUUUGAGAGUAGCACAGGAGAAAAUCCCACAGUUCCCCUUCAUGAUAACUUACAUGGACUAUACCGAAUCUUUGGGUCAAAUGGAACAUUAUCCAUUCCCGAUUUCAACUUAUACCAAAACCACCCGGAACUUAGCGAAUCUAACACCUGGUUGAAUGAAAUUAGAAGUAAACGAAUCGUGGAUCCCAAGGUGUUGAUGAAGCAAAAGCCCUUUGAUAGUCAAUUGAACCACUUUGUCAAUAUCAUCAACGAUAACCAUAUUCCCAACUGCAAUAUAGAUGAUGGGAUUUCAGCAUUGUUAGUAAUUCAGUCUGUUCAAAAAUCGCUUCAAACAGGUUUACCACAAGUGAUACCUGACAUCACCGAUAUCAAACCAGACUUUAUUUCUUUAGGUUUGGAUUUAGACAGUGAAUGGCUUUCUUAAAAGUUCUCGUAUACAUUACCGUUUAUAAAAGUUUAUAAAAAAAUUCCCUUGUAUUAUUC